AUGUUAAAGUUGCCUACUUAUGUAGAUGUGCUGGAGAGGGCUGUUAUAGCUGAGGGAAACCUUGCUGCUCAGAACCGGAUUUCCGAGUGGAAAGGAAAGAGGCAAAAUAAUCAAUGGUCAAAGGGAGCGACUACUCCACCAAACAAGAAACAAAACUCAGGGACUUCAAAUACUUCUGCCCCUAGUCAGGGUGCGAUUCCUGUUUGUUCGGAAUGUGGAAGGAGGCAUCGUGGGACGUGCCAUUGGAAGUCUGGAGCCUGUUAUCAGUGUGGCAAAACGGGUCAUUUGAUAAGGGAUUGCCCUCAUAGGAAUCAACGGAAUGGCAAUAGGGCUGCUACUAGUUCUGCGACAUCUACACCAACUACUAACACCAAGACACCGGUCAAACCUAAUAACAAUAAAGACACUGCGAGGCAAGGGAGGGUGUUUGCAUUGGUUCCGGGAGAUGUGCAAAAUGCAGCAACAGUGGUGUCAGGUACAUUUAUGGUUCAUGGUCAUUCAGCUUCCGUCUUAUUUGAUUCUGGUUCUACCCAUUCUUUUGUGUCAAAACUAUUUGCUCCUAAUUUAGAUAAACCAGAAGAAGUAUUAUCUUAUAUAUUAUGUGUGUCCUCACCCUUGGGGGAUUCUAUGAUCUCUGCCUCUGUAUAUGUUACUUAUGAACUCCACCUUGGGGAUAUUCGGGUAUAUGCCAAUCUGUUACCUCUCGACAUGAUGUAUUUUGAUAUUGUACUGGAAAUGGACUGGCUGAGUGAACAUGGUGCAACUAUAAAUUGUUUGACGAAGCAAGUUAAUUUCUACCCUUCGGGUCAAGCAUAA